AUGAAUGACAAGGGCCCAGAUGGUAUAGGCUUGGUGAUAAAGUCUCGGAAAGCAGGAAGUCCAGACCCCAGUCCAACCCUCCCCAUGCCUGCCCAGGCCCGGCCCGACCCAGAACUAGCUCCUGCCUGUGCCAACCUGGACUUGCCCAAGACCAUCCAGGGUGUGGCCCCGGAGGCCCCUGGACUUGAAGGUUUCUAUGGGGAGCUACAGACCCCAAGAAGGGGCCCUGAGGGCUUCAGAGGGGGCAACCAGGCAUCCACCCAGGAAUGUGCCCCACUGGGCAGCACAGCCUUCGACAUCACCGGCACGGUGGGAGUUGUCAUCGACGUCAUCAACAGCUUUCCCAUCAAGAAGACCCCCAACGAUGUCUCCAUAUCGUUCCUGAACCCCAAAGUUGAGGUUGUGGUGACGAUGAAUGCUACGAGCUCGACCAUCAAUGAUGAGAAGGUUCAGAUUACAUACUACGGACCCAACGCAGGCCCGGUCCUGGGCAAGGCUGUUCUCUACCUCACUGGAAUUGACAUCUUCCUAGAUGCAGACACAAACCGCAGUGGAAAAGUCAACCAAAGCCCAAGGAAGAUGGAAAAGAGUAACUGGACCUGGGGCCCUCAGGGCCACGGAGCUGUCCUGUUGGUCAACUGUGACCGGGAUGGUCCCCAAACCGCAGACAUGGACAAGGAUGAUGAUAAGAUACUAAACCUCCAAGACCUGAAAGACAUAUCCUUAAUGGUCUUGAGAACACAGGGCCCUGAGGAAUUCUUUGCUCAGCACAAGUUGGUUCUGCACAUCCCUACAUCCACGAAGGAUAAAGUCAGAGUUUUUCAAAGCAAAAAUGAAGGCUUUAAGGCCCAGUUUAAGAUGGUGCUGGGGCCAUGCAAGGUUUCACACGUACUGGAGCAGGUGAAUGGCUGGCAGGACAGAACCUUCUAUGUAGAGGGGCUCGCCUUCCCCGAUGCUGACUUCUCUGGCCUGGUUUCCAUCUCGGUCACACUGUUAGGAAGGGUCCACCAGGAAGUCCCCGAGGUCCCAAUCUUCGAAGACACGGUAGUGUUCCGUGUGGCUCCCUGGAUCAUGACUCCCAACACUCUGGCCCCUCAGGAGGUGUACGUGUGCAGGAUAUCAGUAAAUGAGAGUUUUGUCAAAUCCGUGGCAGCUCUCGCCAAAAAAGCCAACUGCAAGCUAACCGUCUGCCCUGAAGAGAUAAACGAUUCAGACGUGUGGAUCCAGGAUGAGAUGGAAGUCGGCUACAUCCAGGCUCCUCACAAAAUGCUGCCCGUUGUCUUUGACUCCCCGCAAAACAGAGGGCUGAGAGAUUUCCCUUUCAAGUAUGUGCUGGGCCCAAAUUUUGGGUAUGUGACCCGAAAUUCAGGAGUAGACUCAGUCGACAGCCUUAAUUCCUUCAGCAACUUGGAGGUCAGUCCCCCCGUCAACGUCUGGGGGAAGGAAUACCCCCUGGGCCGUGUCAUCAUCGGCAGCAGUAUCUACCCCAGGACCGGUGGCCAAGAGUUAGGCAAGCCUGUGUGGGACUUACUAUGUGUGCAGAAAGUGCAGGCCCCCAUCAAACUCUUCUCUAAUUGGCUCCUCGUGGGCCACGUGGAUGAGUUCCUGAGCUUUGUCCCAGCCCAGGACGGAAAGGGUUUCCGGCUGCUCCUAGCCAGCCCUGAUGCCUGCUUCCAGUUCUUCCGGGAGAAGCAAUUGGAAGGGUAUGGAGCUGCCGAGAUGUUUGAAGAGAUCGAGAGUAAAGAAAAGAAAUCAAUAGAUGACAUUCUAUCCGACAAAAUGCUGGAAACAUACAAUGAGUGCGUGCAGAACUGCAUCAGCUGGAACCGAGAAAUCUUGAAGAGAGAGUUGGGCCUGGUUGAACAAGACAUCAUUGAUAUCCCACAGCUUUUCAAAUGCUCUAACUAUGAAACUUCAGGAAGACACGAGGCUGAGGCUUUUUUCCCAGACAUGGUGAACAUGGUGGUCCUGGGAAAACACCUGGGCAUCCCCAAACCCUUCGGGCCUAUCAUCAAUGGUCACUGCUGCCUGGAAGAGAAGGUCCGGUCCCUGCUGGAGCCGCUGGGACUCAACUGCACCUUCAUCGAUGACUUCGUAAUAUACUACCAGCGGAAGGGAGAUGUCCACUGUGGCACCAACGUCCGCCGGAAGCCCUUCUCCUUCAAGUGGUGGAACCUGGCCCCUUGAGUCGAUGACUUUCCCAAGCAUCCUCUCUGCUUGUUUCCAUCCAGGUCAGGGAGGAGACACACCACCUGGAGUGAAGCAGAUGAGAUGAGUCCAUCAGACACGUUACCGCAAAGUUCCAGCAGCCUGGCUUCGACAAACCCACCCUUGCUUAUGCACACUGCAAUGGCCUCUUUGGUCUUUUUCCGCAACCACUGAAUCGGGAAGGCGCAGCAUCUCCUAAGAUGCUGUUAAUAGAGAGCCAGACUUGGCCCAGCCUAGGGAGCCCAGGAGCCUGAACAGCAGCCAAUAAAAUCUUUAGUAUAGUUCUGAUUUCCUUCCUCCACCAGGCCACACCUACACCAGGAACAGAUUCCCCAUCUUUUUAAACAUCUUUGCCUGAGAGCUUAACCUUUCAGCCGUCCAUGGCUUCUGCCUAGCCUGCAGUGGAGCCUAAGGUGAAAUUGAGUAUUGUCACAGAUAUUUCAUAAGGUCUCUUUGUAGACUGUCUCGUCAACGACCAGACACACGGCCCCCAAAUCUCCCCACCCUUCUCAGUCUCAAAGAUACCAGAUCUGAUGAAGAGGAGCACAUUCAGGAGGUGUAGAAAGCUAAUAUGUUGGAUGGUACAUACAACUUUUAACAAAUCUGAAUUGAUCCACAGCCUGGUUUCUAUUCAGCUUGGUCCAAUUUCUCUUAAUCUUAGACUUGUGUCCUGUGCUAAUUUGGAUGAUGAAUAAAAUCUUCUUUUCAUGAAAA